AUCAAUUCAAAUGUUUUCUGAGACCUAGAGAGAGAAAGUUCACUUUUAGAGAGAGAGAGAGAGAGAGAGAAGAAGCUCCCUCCCAAUAAAACCCGCUUCCUGUCCGGCUCUGAAGAUGCAGAGAAGUGCUUCAAAAGCGAAGUUCACUUCCAACCCUGCUCUGGGGUUUUGCUAUUUUGCCUUUGGAAUUGGAGGUACGUUUUCUCUUUCUCUGUUAAACACUUUGUUCAUAGCUCGCAAUCACUCUCAAGCUUCUCCAAACGAUUUCCAUAGAAUCAUCAAUCAGAUUGAGAAUCUCAAAGCUGAUUACACAAAACCCAACGCAGAAAAUCUCCAAAAUGCUUUGAAUUUGUUUGAGGAAAUGCUCCAUAUGCGUCCUCUGCCUUCUGUUGUUCGUUUCACUCAGUUGUUGGGCCAAAUUGUCAAAUUGAAACAUUAUUCGACCGUCGUUUCUUUGUACAAGAAAAUGGGUACUCUAGGAAUCAUGCCUACUGAUUAUACUCUAAGCAUUGUGAUUAAUUGUUUCUGUCAUUUAAACCAGAUGGCAUUUAGUUUAUCUGUAUUGGGAAAAUUCAUUAAAUCUGGUUAUCAACCCGACACUGUGACCAUGAGUACUUUAAUGAACGGGUUUUUGCUUGAGGGAAAGGUCGAUGAAGCAGCCGAAUGCUUUCACAAAAUAGUGGAGGGAGGGUGUAAGCCUGAUAUAAUUACUUACAGCACAUUACUGAAUGGUUUUCGUAAAACGGGCAACACCAAUGCAGCCGUUCAGUUGCUAAGGAAGAUGGAAACAGAAAGGAACUGCAAGGCUAAUGUAGUUGCAUAUAGUACGGUUAUUGACUGCCUUUGCAAGGGCGGGCUAGUUGCUGAUGCCUUGAACCUUUUCUCAGAAAUGAUCAUUAAAGGUGUUGCUCCAAAUGUCGUUACUUACACGUCCUUAAUUCAUGGAGCGUGCAAGUUAGGCGAUAGAAAUGAAGCUAUGAGAUUAUUAGAUGAAAUGAUUGGUCGAGAAAUCACUCCCAAUGUUCGAACUUUCAGUGUCUUGGUGGAUAUGCUUUGCAAAAAGGGGAAGGUUGCGGAUGCACAAGUUGUGUGGGAGAUUAUGAUACAGAGAGGCGUUAAACCUGAUGUGGUAACCUAUACCUCGCUUAUGGACGGUUAUUGUUUGCAAGGAGAAGUAGAUGAGGCAAGAAAAUUAUUUGAUAUGAUGAUUGACAAGGGUUGUGAAGCUAAUCUACAUUGUUAUAAUAUUUUAAGCAACGGAUAUUGCAAGAAUAAGAGGAUUGGUGAGGCUCGGAGAUUGCUCGAAGAAAUGACAUCUAAGGGCAUUAUUCCGGAUGUUGUUACGUACAGCUCUAUUAUCGGUGGCUUUUGUAAAGUAGGGAGAACUCAAACUGCUCGAGAGCUACUUUGCAAGAUGGAAGAUUGUGGGCAGCUAGCAAAUAUUCAAACAUAUGCUAUUUUACUCGACGGGUUAUGCAAAAAUGGAGAACUUGAAGAGGCAAUGGCAUUAUUUCAAGAUAUGAAAGAGAAGAAGUUACCGCUUGAUAUCGUUAUCUACACUAUCCUGAUUGGAGGAAUGUGUAAAGCUGGAAAUAUGGUAGCUGCAAAGGAUCUCUUUUCCCAAUUAUUAUCAAUAGGCCUACAACCUAAUGUUAGAACAUAUAGCGUAAUGAUCAAUGGACUUCUUGACAGAGGCCUUAUUGAUGAAGCUACAAACUUGCACAGCAAAAUGGAAGAGAAUGGAUGCCCUCCAAACAGUUGUACUUAUAAUUUAAUGAUCCGAGGAUUUGUUACGAAUUGUGAGAUUUCAAAAGCAUUGCAACUUACUAAUGAAAUGCGGGAAAGAGGUUUCUGUGCAGAUGAUUCAACUGUAAAGUUGUUAGAUGAGUUGGUGUCUAACGGUAAACUAGAUUCUUCUUUGCAGUCAUUGGUACAAAACGUUGAGAAAACAAAAAUUGUGGAAUCUUUGGUAAAAAUUCUGUGCAACUCAAGCAAAGAGGUAGAUGAUGGUUGUGGAGCAUCAAUGGUUGGAGAGGGGACUUGUUGUGCGCGACUCUGAAACUGAUUGAGUGGCAGGGAUCUAGAGUAAAGGCAAAUAUUUCACUUUAGCCGGUCAAGAUCAAAUCUUAACAUGUAUAUCUGUUUGUUUUAAGGAUGUAUUUGUUAUUGUAUGAAAUGAUGAUAGAAAGUGUAGGUUAAUCAUAAUAUCUGUACAUAUGUAUUUAAAAAAUCACUGACAU